AUGAGCUCCUGGUCCGAACUCGCUUUGCCCGAACUCACCGUGUCCGAACUCGCCCCAUCCGAAUUUGCCUCUCCUGCACUGACCUCGCCCGAACUCACCUGGUCCGAGCUCCCCUUUCCCAAACUUCCCUCGUAUGAAUUUGCCUAUCCCGAAUUCAACCCGAUGAGUUCCUCCCUGGCUGAACCUGCCUUGCCCAAAUUCGCCUCGCCCAUUCAGAAAGAUGUUCAUCCUCGUAGUAUGUACAAACGGUACCUUGAACAUUGGGAGGCUGCAAUCUGGGAAUGCAUACCGUACAUCAAGAUACCAAGGCUCCCCCCCGAGCUGAUGGACUGCAUACUUGACUUUGUGGGCGGCAAGCCAGAUUUCAGCUUCCCCGAUCAGCAGACGCUGUACAGCUGUGCUCUUUGUGCAAUCCAACAAGCACUUCGAAGCCCUUGUGCGGGCAUCAAGGAUCCUGCAUAUGGCAUGUAG